AUUGUCUGAAUGGUGCGUCAAAUCGUUGGUAAUGACUUUAUGGUUUUCAGAAGAGUACCUGCGUUCCAUACUUCUUAUCAAUAUCGACUUAAUCAAAUCUUCAGAUUGGCAAAUGAAUGUAGCUGUGCUUGCGAGGCUGACAAGGCUGACACCACCAAUUUUGUCUAAAAGUUCCAAAUUAUCCAGUGGCAUCACUCGACUAAUAAAUUAAAGUCUUCCUAAUGUUAUAUCAAAUAUACAACAACAUUGGAAAGUCAUCAACGAUGGCUCGUCUCAUUCCUAGAGAUCCUUUAAUAUAUGUUCUCGGGGCAACUGGAACUGGAAAAUCACAAGUAAGUCUUUCCGUCCCCGAUUGCGGAUGUAGGUUAACCGUUCUGUAGCUGGCAGUCGACCUCGCGAAACGCUUCAAUGGCGAAAUAAUAAAUGGCGAUGCUGUACAAAUGUAUGAAGGUCUGCCUAUAAUUACAAACAAAGUUACUAUCGAAGAACAGAAUGGUGUUCCGCAUCACUUGCUAGGUUUCAUUCCUCUGAAUGUGGAAACAUGGACAGUGGGAACAUUUAAGAAGCAAGCUAGCCAAAUAAUACGAGAAAUUCGAUCAAGGGGACGACUACCCAUUGUAGUAGGCGGAACUCACUAUUAUACGCAAUCCCUUCUGUUCGAACAUGAGCUCGUCUCCUCUGAAAAAGCUUCCGUGGAAGGACGGGAUGAUGAACAAAUUCCUCUAAAGGAGUUAUCCAAACGAUUUCCAAUCCUCGAUGCACCUACGGAACAAUUACUAGAUCGAUUGCGGGAGGUUGAUCCACUUAUGGCUGCGCAGUGGCAUCCCAACGACCGUCGCAAAAUUCAGACAUCACUUCAAAUAUUCUUGACUAGUGGAAAGAAAGCCUCCGAUGUCUACAGAGAGCAGAAAGAGACCAAAGCCAAAGCACAAGCAAAUGUGGACGGUUGCUUAAGCUCUCCAGAAAGGUUCGAGAUAGGCUCGCCAUUGCUAUUCUGGGUACAUGCUGAAUCAGAUGUUCUUAAAUCAAGGCUUGACAAACGAGUCGAUAAGAUGAUUGAUGUAGGUUUACUAGACGAAGUCAAGUCCAUGGAGACAACACGUCAACAAUAUAUUCGUGGCGGCGCUGAUGUUGAUCUCUCUCGUGGUAUAUGGGUUUCCAUCGGCUGGAAAGAGUUUGAGCUAUACCUGGCCGCUCUUGAGCAGGAGGGCGGAAAGCCCAAAAGGCAUGAUAUACUUCGUGAUGAUUCGUUAGAAAAAAUGAAAGCUGCCACGCGGCAGUAUGCUAAGCGCCAAAUCCGAUGGAUCAGCCUCAAAUUGAUACCGAGCCUUGCUCAAAAGAAUGCUCUUGACAGACUAUUUCUCCUCGAUGGAACAGACAUUUUAACAUGGUCGGACAAUGUGUCAGGUCCUGCUAUUGAUAUUACACAAAAUUUUCUUCUUGGCAACAAGCUCCCCACGCCCAGCGAAAUGUCUGCCCUGGCCGGGGAAUUCUUAAACCCCGAAAAGCCUUUGCAGCACAUCCAAAGCAAAGCUCGUUGGGUACCCAAAAAAUGCGAAAUAUGUCACAUUGUCGUUAUGACAGAAGGUCAAUGGGAAGUGCACUCUUCAACCCGUGCCCAUCGACGAAUGGUUAAGAAGCUGCAGAAAAAUGGGGCAAAUAGUAGGUCUCUUCACGAUAGCGAAAGAAAUGGCAGCAAAUCACCAUCUGCUACUUGAAAGGCACCAAACGUUGUGCUCAUAAGCAUAAAUCACGCAGAUCACCAACCCCCACGGCACCUUCCAGAUUCCGAACAUGUCCCUCAAUCUUCUUUCCCCCAAAAAAGAAACCAUUGGUAGCUUUAAGAGCUGGUGAUAAAUCUAUGGUAACAUGACUUUCAUGAAAAUUUGUGGCCAAGAUCUGGCCAAGAUCCAGCCCUACGAGAACCACGAGAAUGAAAGUAGGAAUGACAUGAGGUUUUACACAAGGCUAGCAGCUGGGUACAUUGUUGUACUUUACGCCAUGCAUCGGGACGGAAAUUAGGAAGUACUACAGGACGUAGAAUUUUACACGUUAGCAGUACCUACAGUAGUAGUAUUUUGCCGGGCUAUUUAUUUGUACAAGCUUCCUCUAAUCGCGUGGGACAAAUCUAUUGACGACGACUAUUCUCGACGAAACCUUUGCUUCUUCUUGAGCUCCUGGAAAGCUUUCAAAUUUCCAAACGUUGCGUAGGGCGCGAAUAGGAAUAUUGCUGACGAGAAUUACCUUUUCAACGGAAACCUUGCUUCUGAAGGCUGGUUUUCAGGCAUGGAUUGCUCUCCCGUAUCCGGUAUCGCGUAUCCCGUAUCCUCUGCUAGAACCGGUGGACUAAGAUAUUUCGAUAUCUGGAAGCUCCAGUGCUGUAGCAGUCAAUCAAAGCUUUUGUCAAUAUGAGGGAAUUUAUGAACAUUCUUACAUGCGGAAAGAGGACAGAAAAUGUGGGCUAUGUACUAACAAUCUAGUCCACGAGAGUCUACUGUCUGACGCCCACCGCGACG